AAGAGGAAGGUGGUGUGGAGAGGAAGAAAGGAGAGGGGGAGUAAAUGCAUGCUGCAGAGAGCGUGUCGCCAGUGCGGAGGUGACAGCGGAGAAUGGCUACGAGGCCGUCCGCCCGGCGAGUUGUGACCGCGGCGAGCGAGGACAACCUACCCGCCUCAUUCCCUCUGGAACCAGCGUGCUGAAAGGAACCGAGGGGCAAGGGUAAAGGAAUGGCUGAUCCUCUACGGAGGACUUUACUAGCGAAACUCCGAGGGAAGAAAUCCAAGAAAGGAGAGACGCUCGGCGCUGGAUUGGACUCCACUGCUGCUGCUGCUGCUGCUGUGGCGGCGAAUGCGGGCCGAGAAGGUAAAGAAAAAGUUUUGGAAAUGGAGCGAGACUUCGCCCAGGCUUGCCCGCUAGUGUCGCUACCAGGGCUGGAUUACAUGGCAGAAAGAAUGAGUACGUAUGAGAAUUGUAUUGACGGACCAGUGGUACAAACCGAAGGUUGUGACUCGCAGUUAGCCGGCUCAUGUCCUCCGGAGCUCGGCAGCGGGGGCGGGGUUCGGGUUAAUGGGCCGCUCCUGGGGGGCUCACUUCAAAGAGAGGUGCAGUUUGGGGGGUACAUGAUUAGAGAGGCUGAUACGAGCCACUGGGAUCCUGCUUCUGAUGUCAGAAUCACCAUUUCAGGUUCAGGAGGUGUGUCGUUUGGAGAAACCCAGAAGAAACAUUUCGUCUCGGUUCCCUGGCAGUGUGGCGUUGGGGAUUCAAUAGGAUUCGGGGACAAUUCAAGCCAUAUUUAUUCCAACGAACGAACUGGGAUUUGUAAUACAUCAGAUAGGGAUCCUGUUGUCAAAGGACAUUCCCAAUGUGUGUCAAGGACUGUAGUUACUGUAAAUAUACACAACACAAACAAGAGUUUUGACAACCAGCAAAGUUUGGACACAUCUCUGAUCUGUGGUAAUACAGAAGAAAAUCUUUUCAGAACAAUUGAGAGUUUUGACCCCGAAUACUCCGGUGGCUUCAGGUGCCCUCUGCAGAGCCCUGCGGUCUUUCCUACUGAGCUAGAAAUGUGUGAUAUUAACAUGGCAUCCAUGUGCGCCACAAAAGGACCACUCAGGCGUCCAUUAGACAGUGAGGAUGAUGAUUAUUAUGAUAAUGAAAUUCUGCCUUUUUAUGAAGCUGUCAGAGCAAAAACCGCGGGUGAUAGUGAUGUUGUGCCGCUGCCCCACGUAGGUCAGGAUGAAGAACAAACUGAUGAGAGUCCCAGUGCCCAGGAAACAGACAGACUUAAGAACCAGCUGAAAGAGGCUUAUUACCUCCUGAUUAACGCUAUGAAUGAUAUCAGUCUGGAUGUCCAGCAGGUUAGUGGCAAUUUAACCGAGUAUCAAACCAUCUCCUCCUGUAGUAGCCACUCUCAGGAUAGCUUGUGCUCAAGGUUGUCUGGCAAAAUCAUGGACAGUGACUCCUGGUCCUCCGGGGGUGACCCCAGCCCUCAGCAGGUGUCUGACACUGAAUCCCUAUUGCUGUGCCUAAGUGGAAACCACGAGUUAGACCUCAAAAGCGCACUGACUAGUAAGAGCAUGAUGAACCUGCGUGUUGCUAAGCGAAAACCCACUUUAGUGCGCUCUGCUAGUGACGGCGCCAUCAGGUAUCAAGGUGGACCUCUGCUUUGCACAAAUCCUCUUAGAACCAGUCCGGUCAUUUGUGACCAUGAACUGAUUCCCGAGCUAAAAUCAGAUAAAAAGAGCGAAGAUGGCGAAGUUAAAACAGUGUGUGACUCUUCGAACCCUCUGAUGGUCUACAACGAGCGUUUUCAAGAAGCUGCUUGUGAGGAAGACCAAAGCGAGCACCUUGCUGAAAGCAGUGGUUCAGUCAAUAGCCUCACUGGUUCUUCUGACAGCAACACAGAAGCACCAGCAACUCCAGAUCAUGACGACAAGCAGCAGUCGACUGGGGUCCGAGCACACAGAGCCAACUCAGUCAACAAAGGACACGGUGUUACAGUCAAUAAGAUGCAAGAGUGGAUGCACAAAGGCCGACUGUUGUCAUCGGAAAUGAAGCAACGCAUAGAAGGCUCAUCCUCGUCCCGCGGUGGGAGCCAAAAUCAAGAGCGACCGUCUCUGCAGGUGACCCAGGUGGCGUUGUGUAAGCCAGGGGUCCAAACAUCCAGCAGAGUGGUAAAAUCGGUCAAGUCCCCUGCAAGCAAGAUACCAUGGCAUCCAGCUCUCAAUGACAAUGUCCCAACUCAAGGGGCUACCAAGGCCACUGAGCUUUCAACAUGGCGACCACACCUCCACACCAUCACUGUCGCUAAGAAGCGCAACUGGCUGCAGCAGAGCUCCCUUGGAAAGAACCAUUGCACGAAGGAAGAGCUGCAAGGCAAGCUAGGAGCUGAGGAGGAGGCCUGCCAGUGCUCCACACUGCUGCCUCCUCCUCCUAGUCCCUCCCCAGAGCAGCUGAGAGGUUCAGGGGGAGCACCGUCGCGACCAGAUCAUCUGCACCUUCCCAAGGUCAGCGUCACUCAACCGAAGACGUCACCUCACCCAAGGAGCGUAGACCCAACAGAGGAGAAUGAUGCCGAUGAUGAAGGCGAGAUCUGGUACAACCCAAUCCCUGAAGACGAUGAAGUUGAGGUGUCCAACAGACCCUCCGUCCGACUGCUCAUCGCCCAUCGAUCUGAGCCCCAGAGGAGACCCAGUAAGGGACGGGAUGCGGCUCGCAACGGGGGAACCCUGGAGACCAGCGGUCCAGAGUCUCAUGAGGAAAGCAGUUCAGCAGAUGGGAGUCAGGGGAAUGCUGCACAUUCCACAGAGACGCUACAUCUGCACAGACAGAUGCUUGCGUGCAAACCACAGGAGGAGGGAGGACAUUCUACCAGCAAAUCUAUAGAUGUUCCUGACAUGAGCAAUACCCUUGGCUUCUCCCCACCCUCCAGCCCAAACCCCACGAAGAAGAGCAGCUCCAUUAAUUGGUCAUUCCCAGACAAGAUCAAGUCUCCGCGCACAGUCAGGAAGAUCUCCAUGAAAAUGAAGAAACUUCCAGAGCUCAGUCGGAAACUCAGCGUCAAGGGCCAAAGCAGCAGUAACGCCAAUGGAAGUGGUCAUAUAGAGCACAGAUCCCAGUCACUCCGAGCCACCGGUGGAGGGUCUGAAGCCCCCCAAACAUCUGGCUCUCAGAGAUUAGCUGCAUCUGGGGUUGGGCAGGCCAGCCGGAAUGUGAUCUCACGCUAUCACCUCGACAGCAGCGUGUCCACACAGCAUAGCUUCAAUAAGAAGAAAAACAAUGGGAGUUCCAAAUCCGCCAGCAAAGGGGGGUACUUAAGUGAUGGCGAUUCACCUGAACUGGUGGCUAAAUCUGGGAAGCACGGGUCUGUUGAGAGUAAGGGGGGGAGGGGAAAGGACACAGAUGGAACUGGUGGAAGCUCAAAAUUAAAUGGCACAGAUUUGGACAUUGAUGCUUUCCGCCAUUACAGCUUCACAGAGCAGCCCAAAUGUAGCCAGUACAUCUCCGGACUGAUGAGCCUGCACUUUUAUGGGGCAGAGGACCUGAAACCGCCUCGCAUCGAUUCUCGCGACGUUUACUGUGCCAUCCAAGUGGACUCUGUUAAUAAAGCACGAACUGCUCUCCUCACAUGUCGAACUACCUUCUUGGACAUGGACCACACUUUCAACAUCGAGCUGGAGAACGCCCAGCAUCUGAAGCUGGUUGUGUUCAGCUGGGAGCCCAUGCCGAGACGAAACCGUGUCUGCUGCCACGGGACGGUGGUCCUGCCUGCACUCUUCAGGGUAACACGUUCCCACCAGCUGGCGGUCAAGCUGGAGCCUCGCGGGCUCAUCUAUGUCAAGCUGGGCCUGAUGGAGCAGUGGCAGAACUCUUUGGAUGGAGGACCAGAUGGAGACAGGGAGCCCCAAGUUUUUGGUGUGGAAGCGUGGCGAGUGGUGGAGAGGGAGGACACCGGGCUCAUGGUGCCGCUGCUUAUAAGCAAAUGCAUCAAUGAGAUCGAGAAGCGGGGUUACCAGGUGGUGGGGCUUUACCGUCUUUGCGGCUCUGCAGCUGUAAAGAAGGAGCUACGGGAGGCGUUCGAGAGAGACAGUGACGCUGUGGAACUCUGUGAAAACACCUAUCCUGACAUCAACGUCAUCACAGGUGUAUUAAAGGACUACCUACGAGAGCUACCCUACCCUCUGAUUACCAAGCAGCUGUAUGAGGCAGUGCUGGACUCCAUGACCACCAGACCUCUGAGGAUGGGAGCAGGGGGCUGUGAGAACGACCAGGCUGACUCAGAACACACCGUCAGUCUGCUGGACAACCUGCCUGAGGUGGAGAGGAUGACACUGCGGAAACUUCUUGACCACCUCAAGCUGGUGGCGUCUCACCAGGAAGUCAACAAAAUGACAUGUCAGAACCUGGCGGUGUGCUUCGGACCGGUGUUGCUCAGCCAGCGCCAGGAGGCGUCCUGUCACAGCAACCGGGUCUUCAUCGACUCAGAGGAACUCGCCAGUGCACUGCACUUCAAAAAGCACAUUGAAGUCUUGCACUACUUGCUGCAGCUCUGGCCAGUUGUGGACCCUCAUGACCAGUCCUCCUCCACCGAAGCUUCAUCAGUUCCAGCUUCUGACUCGCUCACAGCUCCUCCUCUACGUCGGAGAAAAGAGCGCCCUCAGGUGUUAAAUCUCACAGAAGCGGAGAUGGCUGGCGUUUUGCGUCCCAAACCUGGACGUUUAGACAGUCCGAGUAACCGUUACGCGGGCGACUGGAGUGACUGUGGCGAGAGUUACUUCCCCUGUGAGUUUCCACUUCCUUCCAGCAAAGAUGAGGCAGACUACGACGACGUGCCCUCAGAGGAUAGCGAAACAGAACAGCCUGAGGAUGCAGAGGAAGCCACUUUGCAGGACGUUAGCAACACUUUGCCUGGUCCUACUGAUCAGGAGCAAACUCUCAGCAAUAACACGGAGCAGGAGGAGAAACAGCCAGAGCAGGAGGAGGAGAAGCAGGAAGAGAGCAACAAUCAGUUGUCGGAGGAAGAGGAGGAGGACAAGGAAAGCAUGUGCGAGCACAUCUUGCCUCCACGGCUGCCCAAGGAGCACACAUACCAGGCUUACAUGAAGAUUCAGGACAUCAGCCCCGUGCUGAGCAACAGGGUCAACCUGAGAGACCUUCAGGAGAGCAUCGACACUCUCAUCGGGAACCUGGAGAGAGAACUCAACAAGAACAAGAUCAACGUUGGAUACUGACUGAACUCUCUUUAAAUCCUAACUUAAAGGGGCACUUCUUUCCCACGGACAUUCCUUCGUUUUCCUUUGACUUUCCCCGUCACGUUGUCUUACUUUGUGUUGUCGUUUAGCUCAAGUUUCAUGUUUCAUGUUGUUUUCUUCUUAUUAGAAGAACCCACUGACCCCCCUCGGGGGUUUAAAAGGUGCCUUAAUUGUGUGAAGGUGGUCCACCGCAUAGAAAAUCCACCCUGAAACAUCCUGCAUCCCCAUCUCAGUGCUACAGUAUGCAGACUCCCAUGCUUUUCCACUGCAUGAUAAACAAUAAUCAGUCAUAUCAUACAAACAUAUAUUCACUUUUUAAAUGUAUUAGUUUCAAACUACUUUUUUUUUUCCUGGCUAAGGCUUUUGAAGCAACAUUUGUCAUGGAGCACUUCCACAUUUUCUCAGCGGUAGGAAAGAAUUUCAGACGCAUUAGAACUUUCAAUUACGUAUUGCUUUCCAACAAAAAUAGGCAUUUGGGUUGUGAAAAAAAAAAUAUGUGCUGAGAAAACAAAUCAUCAGAAAAGAAAGGCUUGCUUCAUCAUUUUAGCCAUGGAAGAAAUGCUUUCAAGGCCAUUAUUAGUGAGAAGACCUGACUGUGUGUUCCUGAUGUUCCAUGGGAAGAACUCAAUAUUUGGCUCAGUUUCUAGCGUGAACGCUUGCUAUUUAUGACGUGGGGGGGGGGCAGUCAUUUUUAUAUUGCACUUUCCUACAUAUAGGGUGCCGAAAACCAGAACAUCUACAUUUCAUACAUUAAUUACAAACUACAAAUACAGUACGGAUACAGAAUCAGCACCUCCAAGUACGAGUACGAGCGGAUUUAGUUAGAAGUUACUGGUCGAUUUAUGUUCCUACACUCACCUAAUAUGGUCAUGGGCUUUGGGAGGGACCGAAAGGAUGAUAUCACGGGUACUAGCGGCCAAAAUUUGUUUUCUUCGUAGGUGGUUGGGUUCUACGUUAGAGAUAAGGUGAGAAGCACACCCACCAAAAAAGAAAGAAGAGGCUGCAGGGAGCCACAUAAUCUCCAUGGAUCCCUGCAGAAGAAAAUCACGCUAUAAACCUUGCAAUCCUUCUUGCACUCGUGUUCCCAGCAUCACUCGUUUUUUUUUCUGCUACAGUCCAAAUAGAAGCUGUAGUAAUUCUACUCUUGAUCAAAGUUACUUAAGAUUUGUCAGAUCAAAACCGCCAUUGCUGCACAAUACUUUGAAACGUGAUAUUGAUAAAUCCAAUUCACUACUUCCUGACUGCACUCUAAGCAUCAUGGGAACUGUAGCAUUCAAACAUGGUCAAGACCGAUGUUGUCGGGCACUUCUACUUUAACUGGGCUUUUUAUGUUCAUUUUCUCUUCUAUGGUGAUGAUGGCUGUCCUUUUCUUUCAUAAUGAAGUGAAAAAAGUCAAAAACUCAAUCACGCUCCAUAACUCAAUAUUGCCUCAUGAGGAAUGAACUGGUAUUGCAAGACAUGGCCGAACCUCGUGUACGAUUCUUUAUGCUUCUGCUUCUUGUAAAAUGCCGCUAAAUGGGAAACUGCCAAAAUCACCAACGGAUGUUUUCAGCAAUCCAGGGAUAAAUUCCGACUAGACAGUAUUUAACCUAUAUGAUUAUGUAUAUAUUAAUAUAAAUGUAUUGGGAGUGUAUUAUUUUGACAGCUUGUAUUCCGUGGUGUAUUUAAAUAUUUUUGAUGACCUUGUAGUGUUGACUUUGUAGGAAUAGUCGCUUUUCUUCCAUUCAAGCUACCUGUACACAUCUUAAUGUGCUGGACUAACGGUACAACUUAAGCUGUAAAAUCGAUGAUAAUAUCAGACGUGAUAUUGUUAUUUUUGUCAUAUUGUGUAUAUAUUUGAGCUUUUUCUUUUUUUCCGGUGGACUGAGCUGUGUUCAGCAUUUUAUGUGUUGUGAUAUAUAUUUUUUUAAGGUACUGGAUGUCGCAUGGUCAACAGCUUUACUGACACAAAUAAGGCUGUUUCUCAUCUGUAUUUAUGUGUAAAAAGAUGAUUUUUGUAAUGUGUCACUAUGUUCCCAUGAUAGAGAGAUGAAUGCAUUGCUUGGGUAUUUUUUCCCAGAGGACCAAUUUUUAUAUUUUCAUCCUUAAAGCAACACAAGCAAGAGUAGUGAAACCCACAUAAGGUGAAACAUUCACAUGAAAAUGUAAUUGCAUGCUAUGAUUUUAUUAUAGUUGUCAGCACUGCUCCAAAAGUGAUAUUUAUGUGUGGAUGCAUGAGUAAAUACACAACGGGAUGUUUUCAACUUGUCCUCUGGAGAAAAAAGGCAGCAUUUCAAGCAUAAAGGAAACUUUGUAUGGCUCCUAAGUAAUGUAUGAUCAUAAUAAAGUCUAUUAUUUUA